ACUGGUAAUGGUGGGAGACCACUCAAUUACUCUCUCUGCAACUGCUUAAUUAUUUCUCCAGAGCUUGUGAGGAUUGGUUCUCCCCAUCGGCCUUGGGGAAUAUCGGCCUUGGUUGGAGGAAGGGGAAGGAACCUCUCAAGGUACAUCGGGGCGCUGGGGGCCCGAGUGAUCUGUGACAAUAUCCCUGGUCUGGUGAGCCGGCAGCGUCAGCUGUGCCAGCGUUACCCAGACAUCAUGCGCUCGGUGGGCGAGGGUGCCCGAGAAUGGAUCCGAGAGUGUCAGCACCAGUUCCGCCACCAUCGCUGGAACUGCACCACCCUGGACCGGGACCACACUGUCUUUGGCCGUGUCAUGCUCAGAAGUAGCCGGGAGGCAGCAUUUGUAUAUGCCAUCUCAUCAGCAGGGGUGGUCCAUGCUAUCACUCGUGCCUGUAGCCAGGGUGAACUGAGUGUGUGCAGCUGUGACCCCUACACCCGUGGCCGACAUCAUGACCAACGUGGGGACUUUGACUGGGGUGGCUGCAGUGACAACAUCCACUAUGGUGUUCGUUUUGCCAAAGCCUUCGUGGAUGCCAAGGAGAAGAGGCUUAAGGAUGCACGGGCUCUCAUGAACUUACAUAACAAUCGCUGUGGUCGCACGGCUGUGCGGCGGUUUCUGAAGCUGGAGUGUAAGUGCCAUGGCGUGAGUGGCUCCUGUACUCUGCGCACCUGCUGGCGUGCACUCUCAGACUUCCGCCGCACAGGUGAUUACCUGCGGCGGCGCUAUGAUGGGGCUGUGCAGGUAACGGCCACCCAGGAUGGCGCGAACUUCACGGCAGCCCGCCAAGGCUAUCGCCGUGCUACCCGGACUGACCUUGUCUACUUUGACAACUCCCCAGACUACUGCGUCUUGGACAAGGCUGCAGGUUCCCUAGGCACUGCAGGCCGAGUCUGUAGCAAGACAUCUAAAGGGACAGACGGUUGUGAAAUCAUGUGCUGCGGUCGAGGGUAUGACACAACUCGAGUUACCCGUGUCACCCAGUGUGAGUGCAAAUUCCACUGGUGCUGUGCUGUGCGGUGCAAGGAGUGCAGAAACACUGUGGAUGUCCAUACUUGCAAGGCCCCCAAGAAGGCAGAGUGGCUGGAUCAGACCUGAACAUAUAAAUACCUCACUCAUCCCUCACUUCAAACCUCCUGACUCAAAAGCACAAGAUCUUUGCAUGCACACCUUCCUCCACCCUCAACCCUGGGCUGCUACAGCUUCUAUUUAAGGACUUGGAAAGUACUCCAGAGGGACUCUGGUGUCCUAGCUGGUUCCUUAGCCCUGGGAAGGAGUUGACAGGGGAUGUAAAAAACCGAGCGGCUCCCUGACUCCCCACUCUGGAGGUUAGAAGGCAGAGUGGAAGAGGUAGGAGUCUUCAGAGCGAUAUGAGUUGCACUAAAGCACAUGGUCAAGGUUCAUUUUUCCUUUCCCUUGCAUUGGCUUCCUGACACAUCUUGUGUGUGCAAGAGAAAGGGUACCUGGAGAGAACUUCUUUUUUUCCUACCUGGCUGAGGGUAGAUGGGACAGAGAUGAAACCACAUAUCUCUUCCCUGGGUCAGUGUGAGCUAACUGCCUGGUACCCCAAAAGAAACUCUUAGGCUGAAACAUUCUUCCAUUAUCAAGAGCCUGGGAUUGCUAGAUAAGAGUUAGCCAUAGCAGACAAGUUCCAUUCUCAUGCUAUUAUGUUUAUAAACUGCUGUGUUUUGUAGGAGAAAAGAAUUAUAUAACUAUACAAACAUACACUCUCUUCUAAUCUCUCCUUUUCAACCUGUAUCAGCCAGCACUGCCUCUUCUGCUCACUUGCUGGCUGUACAAACUGAGUGGCAUGCAGUGCCAUGCCAUGCCUAACAAACAGAUCAUUAGAAUACCGUAGAACACUCCUAAGAAAGAGUAAUUUAGUAGGUCUGCCUAGGCCUUGGGAUUUUUACUUUUUUAAACUUUCCACGCAUCAUCCUGGUGGGCAGCCAGGUUUGGGAAACACCAAGUAAAAGAUAUGUGACUCACGGAGCGUGGGAGAGGGUAACAAGCCUGAUCUCAAAGGCCCACAUGAGGCAUUAGUGUAUACUAGGCAGGUAGAGAUCUCUGGCUUUGGCAAUUUUUAGGAGAGGAUUCUAGCCUUUAAAGCUGGGAGCAGGAACCCGUGGUUACAGAAGGAAGGAGAGCUGGGUCUUGGGGCCAAAGUGGUAAACAGCUUAGAAAGCAACCUUUCCUCCUUUAUUCAACAAAUCUUUAUUUAGUGACUCUCCAAGUCCUGGUGAUUAUUAUCCUUCAAUCCACAUCUGGCUUAAAUUGGGGAGUUCCUUCUAUGCUACUACCCACUGCCUAACUAAGCUUGUAGUGGUAGAGUCUCCAGAGAUAGCAGGCUUAGUAAGCUAGAGGGCAGGACACAGAGUCCCCAAAAUCAUGAUGUCCUAUUUUUAUGUGACUUAGACAGUGGUUAUCUCUUGCCUGUUGAUAUUUUAAAGGAGCAGAGUGGUAUAGAAAUUUGCAGUUAUGACAGACUGGGUUGAAAUCUCAGCUGUGCCAGUUACUGUUUUUGAUAUUUUGAGAAAGAUACCCAAAUUCUCUGAGCCUCUAUCUUCUCAUCUCUAACAUGAGGGUACAGACUUAUCUCAGAUAUUGAGUUUUAAUUAUGCCUCAAACUCCAGCCAAUAGACCCUCUUACCAAAGCCUCUAACUGGUCUAGCCCAUCCUGACUUCUCUCAGAAUCUUCAGUUCAGGACUAUAAGGUAUUGACAGCAGGCUGUAUAUUAAGGAGCCUACACAAGGAGUUCUGAACAUAGGCCACUUUCCUUUCCCGAGUUCCUCUCCAGCACCCCUUGGGGUCCUCCCAUGUUUGUGGAGCAGCUUUACUCCGCACAGGCAGCAAGAGGAUGGGGGUGCCAUAGCUCUGGGCCGUGGGGGCAGAUUUAUUUGGAUGAUAGGACUAAUAUUUGUGUAACCUGCUGAGACCUAUGUGGGAGAGUUUAGGGUGGUUUUUCUUUUGGUGAGGGGGUUUGCUCCAGUUUCACAUCCAUUAACACAAAACAUGAACUAGUCAGGGCCCUUGUGGUCUGCGGUGAGGGGAUUCCUGUGGAGAAAUAGGACUGAGUGAGUCAGGCCAGGGGAAUGUCUUCCUUGCAGAGUGGAGUCAACUGGAUAACUGAUGAGCCAAUGGUGGGAUUAGGGAGGGGGGAAAUGGGAGGGGAAAAGAAGAGUUUCUGAUGUCUUGAGCUAGGAUUAAGAGGAGGAAAGCUCUAAGGUAGUGGAAGGGUAAGGGGCUCAUAGUCAGUCUGAACUCAAGAAUAGAGUUGAAUGAAUUACAAAAGGGUGCUGUCUUGUAUGCUGGGCCACUGGGAAGAGCUCUCAGGUCCCAGUUAGCUUCAGCUCUCACAAGGUUAUCCAGGUUACCACAUAAAUGAUAGCCUAGGCCUUCCAUGGCAAAUCAACCUGAGCUAAAUCUACCUGUGUUCUAUUAUCUUAUUCUUUUUUGGUUCUUACCCUGUGGAAGGAAGCAGGCCUCUUCUGGCAUCUCAUACUGCUCUGUGCUUUUCCCUGGGCUCCAAGUUCUAGUUCAUAAAGACCAAGUUUUGCAAUUUCCUAUAAAUGGUUAAGAGAACAGCAAGCUGUCCAGAGAGUGAGAGGUCUGAAAAGUGAGGUGGAUAGUGAGAGAAAAGAGGUCCAUGUAAGCCCUAUUACAGAGGCUAUGUGGCUCCAAAAAAGAAUAAUGGCCAAGCAAUUAAUUUUUCCUCUUAUUCCUUAGCUUGCCUCUGCAUUCCGACUGGCUUUACACAACUGGCGUCCAUUCUGCACUAUACAAACAGAAACUAAUUUAUUUGGAACAAGCAGCAAAACGAGAACUUUAUUUGGUGCAGUCAGGGCCCCAUUUAGUUCUGCUGCUACUCACUCACUGCCUCUAAUCUCCCCCUUGCCCAUCUCUCCUCUGUUCAAUAGAGGCCUGUUCCUCAGAUCAGCAGUCUCUUAGCCUGCCACCUGUUUCACUCCUUCCUGUUGGUCUUCAUUUCUUUUAGCUUUUAAUAUUUAUGUAUAAUGCAUUGCAGAAAAUGCUAUUUGGAUACAAAUUAAGUUAAAAGACAUUAUCCUUUAAGGAUCUUAGAAUCUUUUAGAGAAGGCACAAGACUUAAAUACCUCAGCUUCACAGCCUAUAGCCAGUUUCUCUUAUGUAAAAGUAAGAAUGCCAGCCUUAACAUAGUCCUGCAGAUAAAAGCCAACUUGUAUUAUUGCUGGCCUUGAAUAAUAGCAUGAAUCCAUACUCUUCCUUAGAGUGAUGCUAGAAAAAUGAAAUCAGGGACUUCAGAUUAUUUAAAAGAGUCAAACAUUGCCUGGCCCUGAGGGUCUCUGUCUGCAAAGUCUUGUAGACUUUGUAGGUCUGAAUCCUGACCACUCACUGCCUCAGUCUUCUUCCUCCCUGUUACAGAGAGUAAUUUCUUCCCUUUCUCUCACCUCCCUUAGCAAGCACACCAACCACUAAGUCCUUCGCCAAAUUCUCAGACCCACUCAGGACCUUGAUUUCUCCAUGGCUUAAUAUAAGAAAGAUAACAAGGAUUUUUUUUCCCUCAGCCUUUCUGAGGUUUCAUUUAAAUGCCCUCAGUGGUCACAGGGCAGAAACCCAAGGGAGGAAGGCAGGGAGAGUAGGGAGAGUAUGUUUCUCAUCCCUGGGAGGCCUAGCUCCUGCAGCCAAAUUACAGCACCAGAGAACAAUGUAAUGCAUUCCUGGGAAGGUCGGUGGGACCCUGGGCGCCUGGGCCUUGUGGAGAGAGGUGCCAGACACAGAGCUCUCCGUAAGCAAUCCUGCAGAGCCGCCCCCUGGCUCAGAAAUGAAAUACGGGAGAGCUUCACAUUACGCAGAGACCUGUAGCUCACACCUGGUUAUUGAUGGCCUUGGUGAAGGCCUCUGCCCCCACCCUCCACUUGGGAACUGCCUGCCACUAUGGGGGUUGGGCAUCUUUGAAGCAAUGUGGGAAAACAAGAAAGAGAUGUUUCCUUUUCACUCCGCCCUCCCUAUCAGCCUGUGCACAACCGUGAGGAUAUAUAUACACAAAUAUCUCAGGCUGCAUACGGGUUCUAGUCAUCCUCCUUCUCCCCAGCAAAAAAAAAAGAAAAGAAAAAAGCAGCUAGAUUUCAAUCAAACACUUCAAAACUCAUACCAAUAACAGGGGUUCAGCUAUAACCAAGGAAUAUUAUAAAAUUAUCAACAUGCAGGCAGCUGUUGGUUUGGGGACUGGCACCCCUCUGGGAGGUGGCAGGGGAAGGAUACAGAAAGGGCAUGGAGAGAAGAGAUCAACAGUGGACAAUUCCCACCCAGGCAGAGUGGCUGAGACUGUAGAACUCCUCAUGGCUGGUUCACGCUGGAGAGAGUGCAAUUCGUGUCCUACAUGCUAUCAAUGAUAGGGCAGUCUCCUAUGACUGCACGAGGUACGAUUAUCAGGCCUCCUGCUCAUCACCUGUUGUUGUUUUUAACUCUUACUAGGUUAGAAAACAGGAUAGCUUUAGGUUCCAGAGAUGAUCUCCACAAGAGAAAGGCACUAGAGGGGAGCAAGCAGUGGCUUUACAAGGGUAAAUAUGUCACAGUUGCUGCACUAGACUGAGCUUUCCCAGAAGCUGGUGAUUGGCAGGUUUCAGGUAACGGCCAGUGGGGUGUCAGUACUAUACCUGUCCCUGACCCCAAAGGUCAAAGUGAUAAAAGAGAGGGUAUAGGUACGUUUUUCCACUUCCCAUUUAUGGCUUAAAUGAUCUCUGAGCAACUCUGUGGUCCUUCCUCAUUUACUUAAGAUGUUUUAGUCAUCCUGGAUUUGAGAAAGCAAGGUAAGCAUUCUCCCUUUUGUCCCCUAACUCUGAAGUGUUCUGGCUUAAAAUUUGCCUUUGCUCACUUCCAUUCUGCCUACGAGUCUAUGGAUAGAGCAGCUGGGCAUGGGAGUUCUCUCUCUUUGGCCAA